GGGGCAGCCGGCGCUGCUGGAAUUGGAGGCUGAGGAGCGGAGCCCAGCGCGGGCAGCGUCGUGUGCGGGACCGUCGGGAGUGCCGGGCUGCGGCCGCGCUCAUCGCCAUGGAGAAGUACAAAGCUCUCGAGCAGCUGCUCACAGAACUUGAAGAUUUUCUGAGGAUACUGGACAAGGAGAACUUGAGCAGCACUGCUGUGGUGAAGAAGAGCUUCCUCUCUGACCUUCUGAAAGUCUACACCAAGUCCAGUGGUGGUGAUGAGGAGUAUAUUUAUAUGAACAAAGUGACAGUCCAUAAACAUCAGGGUGACCAAGAGAAACAAGACAAAGUGCUGGAUCAGAAGAGUUCCCUGACCAAUGGAGACUCAGGACUGCAUUUGUCACCUCCUCAGAAGAGCCUGCCAGACCUCCCCCCUCCAAAGAUUCUCGAAACAAAACAACCUCCAGUCCCCAAGAUUGAAUCUCCAGAGGGAUAUUAUGAAGAGGCUGAGCCCUAUGACAUCUCCGUAAAUGAAGAUGGUGAAGCCGUUAGUAGUUCCUACGAAUCUUACGAUGAGGAGGAGAGCAGCAAAGGCAAGUCAGCAACCCAUCAGUGGCCAUCCCCAGAGGCCACCAUUGAGCUGAUGAAGGAUGCCCGCAUCUGUGCCUUCCUGUGGAGAAAGAAGUGGCUGGGACAGUGGGCAAAACAGCUGUGUGUUAUCAAGGACACCAGGCUGCUGUGCUACAAGAGCUCCAAAGACCACAACCCCCAGCUUGACGUGAAUUUGCUGGGCUGCACUGUCAUUCACAAGGAAAAGCAAGUGAGGAAGAAAGAGCACAAGCUGAAGAUCAUCCCCACGAACGCUGAUGUCAUUGUGCUGGGGCUGCAGAGCAAAGACCAGGCAGAGCAGUGGCUCAGGGUAAUCCAAGAGACCAGUGGUCUGCUCUGUGAAGGAGGCAGUGAAGGCAACCAGUACAUCCCAGACUCGCAGCGUCUCGGUUACCCAAAGGUGGAGGUGUCCGAGAGAUACUCUGCAGCCUCCGAGAGCGGGAGCAGCACCGACGGCCACAUGGAGACAGCUGAGACAAAAGAUGUUAAGAAGAAGGGCACAACUGGCCUGAAACUGAGCAACCUGAUGAACCUCGGGAGGAAGAAGUCCAGCUCCCUGGAUAGCCCAGAGAGAUCCCUGGAGACUUCAAGUUACCUGAAUGUGCUGGUGAACAGCCAGUGGAAGUCCCGGUGGUGUCAGAUAAAAGAUGGGCACCUCCAUUUCUACCAGGACAAGAACCGAAGCAAACUGGCUCAGCAGCCCCUGAGCUUGGCAGGCUGUGAAAUCAUCCCAGAGCCGAGCCCUGACCAUCUUUACUCCUUCCGCAUCCUGCACAACGGCGAGGAACGGGUUGUUUUGGAGGCAAAGUCCUCAGAGGAAAUGGGCCACUGGCUGGGCCUCCUCUUGUCGGAGUCAGGAUCGAAAACAGACCCAGAGGAAUUUACCUACGAUUACGUGGAUGCUGACAGGGUUUCCUGCAUUGUGAGCGCUGCGAAAAAUUCCUUCUUCCUAAUGCAGAGGAAAUACUCUGAGCCCAACGCCUACAUCGACAACCUGCCCAAGGGCAGGCUGCAGCAGGACGAGCUGUACGACGAUGUGGAUCUGCCGGACAUGCCUGUGGAAGAACUACCCAAGAGUGAGAGCAAAUUGGAGGCGGACCAAGACAGAGUGUAUCUGGAUCUCACCCCAGUGAAGACCUUACUACACUGUGCUGGCAAGAUGUCAUGCCAGUCUUCACCCCUCAGCUCACCCUCUCUAGAAAGGGCUGCCAGCAAGGCUGCCCCAGAGAGCACAGCAGAGACAGCCCCCGUGGCUAAGGAAGCUGAGCCCUGUACUAAGGCAGCAGAGACCUCGGAGCAGAAACACCCAGAGAAGCCAGAGCCUGAGGAGGUUCUGCCACGGGUGCCUGCUGUCAAAAUCCAGACCCAGCAGCAGAACAUUGCCUUCCCCCAGGUGGGCCCCGAGGUGCCAGCGGGCACAGUUCCAGCGGGCAGUCCCCAGCUGGUGCCUGCACACCGGCCCAAGAUGCCACUGCCAGCAGCAGCAGUGGAAACCAAGCUGGGCAAGAACAGGACAGAGGCGGAGGUGAAACGGUUCACAGAGGAGAAGGAACGGCUGGAGAAGGAGAAGGAUGAAAUCCGAGCUCAGCUCACCCAGCUGCGCAAGGAGAGGCGGGAGCUGAAGGAGAUGCUUGGUGGCAGCACAGACAAGAGCCUGGAGCAGAGGCUGAAGGAGAUAGAUGAAGAAUGCAAAAGGAAGGAAAGCCAGAGGGUGGACCUGGAGCUGAGCCUGGUGGAGGUGAAAGAGAACCUGAAGAAGGCAGAGUCUGGCCCGGUGACCCUGGGCACGGCUGUGGACACCACCCACCUGGAGAACGCAGCCCCACGGGUUCAGGCAAAAAGUGCCAGUCCAGCAAACAGUGCAGAGAACUCCCCGGUCAAUUCAGCAACGGCUUUAAAAAACCGGCCUUUAUCUGUUAUGGUCACGGGGAAGGGAACAGUCCUACAGAAAGCUAAGGAAUGGGAGAAAAAGGGAGCUAGUUAGAAGCACAUGGUUCAGAAAUGGACUAAAGACUCGAAUUGCCCACGCACGGCCCAGGGGAUUCAACCAUCUGUCUGUGGAGGUUGGGUGUUCAACACCACCACACACCAAGUGCCUCCUCCACGUCACACCCACGGCUCAGAUGCAGCACUGGAGUCAACAGCUGCUGAUAUGAGUUAUCCCAAAUGAACUUGCUCUUUCCAGACAAAUCCCAAUCAUGUAGCUAAAACAAUAACAACCAGUGGCAAUCCUUCCAUCAAAGUCCUAACCCAGCUGAUGUAAACAAGAAUGUUACUGUACAUAGGGGUGUUUUGUGUAUUUCUACUCUGAAGGUUUAUCAAUGAGUUAUUAAGGUUUCUAUAUUAGUGACUGUAGUGGAUUCAGAAGGGACCUCUACUAUUCCUCAGCCUGGUAAGUUUGUACCUGUCCUGAUAAAUUGGAGUCAACUAAAGUCUCACCUGUCUUGCUGCCAGUCGUCACUCAGCUGCAUUUCAUCCAGCCUUCAGUCAAGGGCUAUCCCCACAUGUGAGCAAUACUUCAGACAUGAAUGAGAAGCACACAGCAGCCCUGUCCAGGACAUUUUUAAUCAGUGUCCUGAUGCAUUCUAGCAUCUCCUACCAGCUGCAGCUUUGCUAGAAUAUUGAGCUGCUCACCUUCUCGUGCUGUAAGCUGUGCUACAGACUGGCAGCACCAAGAGCUCUAGGCAAAGAAAUUCUGGAAAAAAAAAAAAAAGUUAAAUAAAAAAAUGAAAAAAAAAAAAAAAAGAAAAAGGAAAAAAAGUACUAUUUGAGGGCUUGCUCAGCUGUUUCAUGGGAAAGCUGGAUCCCAUUGUAUCCUUCAGGGCUUGCCCUUUCCCAAGAGAGGGGAGGUAGUGCUGUCCCGAUGCUCCUGCCCUGGCUGUGAUGGUGUCUGAUCCUCACAGAGCUGCAGCUGCAGCCAUCCCUGUGUCCCUCCACAGUGGAGGGCUGAGCAGCCUGCCCUGCAUGAAGGCUGCACUGCCAGGGCUCUGCUGAGCUGCUGGCCAUACUGGUGCUGUCACCCUUAUUUCCUGAUCAUUAAUAUUGCCUUUGGGCCCUAGCAGUAUGGCCCACAAAGCCCACCCCUCUCUACCCUAGCCAAGCUUUCUAAUUAAAGAUGUUGGAUAUUUGGAACUGCUAAACUUAGAGACAUUGAAAUAUGAAGGGUGGCAGUGGGUUGGCAGAAAUCUAUGCAUUCCUCCCCUCCCUGGAACCUGCUGACAUGUCUGAUGGCCUGGAGACACCUCGUCUCCUCUGAUGGCCCCACAGAGCCCAGGCUCAGUAACUGGGUUGGCUGGAUGGGGCUGGAGACAUUUUCCAACCCUACAAAGUUAAAGCAGCACGAGUUCCCAGGAUGGGUUGUCCCUGGGGUUUUGUGGCUACACCAAAGCCAAGGUAAAGGCAGAAAGGAAAAAUGUACCUUCCUUACCCUUGAAAAUAUUUGACACGUCUAAAGGGCUGUUCUUUCUUCACACAAGGGCCAGACAGCCAGUGGGAUACACAGGGCUGUGAUAUCCAGAGCUGGUGGUGUCACUGGGGUGAGUGAGAAUGUCCUGACAAGGGUUCUGGGCUUGCUUGCCCCAACCACAGAGCCAGGGUGCAACAAAACACUUGGUCAGGGUAUCCUGGAAGCAAGAAAGGUGACUGUGCACCCAUUUUUUUGACUUUAGUUUCCACUGUGGUGCAGAUGGAGGAAUUGCUAAUGCCAGGCCUCAGGAGCCUCAGCUGUCAGGUUGUCCCUGUGCAAGGUUUUGCACAUAGGAAAAGAUGAUGCAAAUAAACUGCUAGCUCAUCUGGUUAAGGACCCUGGGGACUUCCUUCUCCAGAGCACCAAAAGGCCACAGACUCCAUGAAGCUUUUGUUUUGGCCCAUGAUGAGCUGGCAAGAGCCCCUCUCUACACCCUAAAUACCCCUGUAGUGCUGCGCCCUCACUGUACACCCCACUGUCAUCCUCCAGAAGUUGUCCAGACAUUUCACAGUGGUACUGAGACAGCCAUGGACAAGAGCAGCUCUGCUUUCCCCUUCACAGCCCAGUCAGCUUCAGUGCUCCUGCUGGGAUGUCUCCAUGAGGGAAUGGUAAACAUAGGCAAGUCCUGAACAGCACACUUUCCCCAAACAAGAAAUGUUAAACAAUGUCUCUGUCUCCCCAUUGUUUUCCUAACUCAAGGCAUUUCCUUUGUUGUAACUGUGACCUAUAAAGUGGCGCUUUAGAGGGUUUUAUAAUAAAAUGUUGAGUAUAUUAUGUUACCAGUGUUUUUCUCAGUAAUGGU